UAAUAUCCGGCCUAAUGCCCCUGGCUGACCGAACUGACAAAGUGGGAACGUCGGAGGAAGUCGGGGUGAGUCACCGGGGGGCGGGGCUUGGCAGACCUGGUCAUGACACAGCACUAGUUUGACUGACACAGCCGUCAGACGACAAGGAAGAUAGAUUUCUGUCAGCAGUAUAUACCGCCAAGAAAAUUACUUUCAAGUUUUCUGUCAUAACACGGCACUAGUUUGACUGACACAGGCGUCAGACGACAAGGAAGAUUUCUGUCAGCAGUCUACACCGUACCUCUCGGCACGUUUUCUGUCAACUGUGUCAUUUGUGACAGUUUAACGCUUGUUAGAGUGAGAGAGUGACUAAUAGGGGACAACAGUAUCAAAUCAUACCGGGUAUGGAGCCAGGUAUUCUUCGUACAGCGACGUUUAGUGUGUUUUGUUUCGUCACUUUUCUCACAAGUCUUGAACCAACCAAAGCACAGGAUCCGGGAUGUCAGAAGAUCCGAAUUUCCGGUUCCACGCGUCUACAGACCCACCUUAUGACGACAUACACCAUCACAGAUCAGUUUACCGAGGGCCGCCCUGUAUAUACCAGUGACACAACAGAUGAUCGUAUUUUUUACGUAUCCAGCUCAUAUCCUAAAUAUGUCCCAACCUGGUUCGUGGGUCCCUACCCAACCCCUGGAAACAACGGACUGUACGUGGAAGACACAAGUUUGUCUGCAAAUAACAUCAAAGGAACGUUCAACAUUUGGGACCCUGACACAAGAGAGUGGAAAGAGGCGCCGUAUGUGCAGAUAAGUUGUGCAGAUCCAGGCUACCUCGGCUGUUUUAACCGCGAUUUUAUCGUCAUGAAACAACAGAUACUGAUGGAUUCGGACAUUACCGUAGAUUCGUGUAUAGAAAGGUGCAGGAACUAUGGCAAAAGCAUCGCUGGUAUCAACGAACAGAUCUGUUUAUGUGGCUCCGGUGUCAACCACCACAGUCAUUCGUCGUCAUUUUGUUCUACUCAGUGUGGAGGAAACAACGAUCAAACAUGUGGGGGGUCAGGAAGAGCUGACGUUUACCAAACAUGGGUUGGUGUGUGUGGAUACGAGCAAACAAACGGAGCCAUCUACUCACCAAGGUAUCCCGGGACGUACCCAAACUACGACAACUGUACCUGGGAGAUCAACUUUGACUCAGACAAGGUCAUCAAGUUCUACUACAACGUGUGGGACGUCCCAGCCGGGGACAUACUGGUCAUCACGGACAAGUCUGGACAAACCAGGACACUGGGACCGGGCUUCGACACAAGUUGGACCAAUGAAGCCAUGGUCAACUUUUUAUCAGACAACGACAGACGUGGGAAUGGGAAAUUUGCUAUCCAGUAUGAAGCUGUAGACCACUGUGGAGGCAUUGCUGCUACAGGAGGUAUCCUACUGAUAUCUCCUUCACACGGAGGUAACUUCGCCGUUGGACAGAAGGUCACCAUACGAUGUAAGGACGGGACAGAGACCGUGGUGGAGUGUCUACAGGACAAGGUCUUCAACGCAUCGGGGCCGUAUUGUGCAGGUUCUACUGAAGGCGGAAUGACCACGGCCAGUAUGGGUACCGCCGCAGAUGGGGACCAGGCAAAAGGUACCUCCAUGACGGUGAUUGUCGUUGUGUCUGUUCUCGCUGUGCUAGUACUUCUUGCCGUGCUGUGUAUUGUUCUGUACUUCGUCAUCAAGAAAAGAAAAGCUAAGUCGACCAAGAGAAAGGGUCCAACCUAUCCCAGAAUCCACCUGGACAGCUCCGUCGUCAUCUCCUCACCAACACCUUACGUCAUCCCAAAUGCUGACGUCAGUCCUGACGUCACCCUCACCUCCGAAAACGUCACGUUUGUUCCAAAGAAGGCAACGGAGCCGGAACAGGACGAGCAUGCGCACUACGAAGAGACAGAGGUCGGACUGUUGGAGAACAGUGAUGACGUCACGGACAGGGAGGAGGAGCUACGUCAGCUGUACGCUCAGCCAAUGAAAAAGAAGAACGGCCAGCAGCAGGGCGAAUCUCCGUAUCAUAAUGACCCCCCGCGAAACGAGGACCAGGACUUUGUGGAAAACGAUCUCUACGGAUUUGACCACGGCGGAGAAGCCGAUAAUGGGGCGCCUUCUAGCGGCCAACCGUAUAUCGACAACAACCUAUACGGAUACAGCUAGACAAGUUUAGUCCUAGAAGAUUAGGCAGCAGAUCAGACACAAUUGCCGUGCGUUAGAUAACAACACUAAAUACUAUGAUACUUGACUAAAAACAAUGCUACAUACUGUAAAGUAGCAAAAGUACAGAUGGGUAGUGAUGUACUUAAAAAACAACAGUGUUAGCUAGCGUCCGUCUUUCUGUCAUUUGACUAAUGACAAAAAUGUUGCCCAAUCCGGCAUCUUUGACAGACAAAAGUCGGUGUGUAAAGAUAUGAAAAGAGAUGUCAUUAAAGUAAGCUCAAUCGCAGAAUAUUCUACUAACUGCUGGGCUCAGUCUACAAGCAGAAUUUGCCCCUCAAAAUGCAGGAAAUAGUGUUUCAAAAUCUUCCUGGAUCCCCGUAUUAUUGUAUGGAAAAGACCUUAUAGAAAUGAUGUACGAUAGAAAACGCUGGAAACUGAACUAUGCCAAUGCUUCAACUCUCAAGUAUGAUUAUGUAUGUAUAUAUCAAAAUGUAAAAUAUUGGACUAUAUAGCAUUCUAAGUAGCAGACUAAGUAUUCUAU